GGUGACGACGUUCAGCAACUUCAGUUCAGUGUCAGUCCUCAAACGAAUUCAUUCGCUAAAUUGGAACCAACAUGAACAGCAUCAACUACGCGGUGGAGUUCGACCAUGAUGAGAACAUACUGGAGCACUGUGGAACUGCGUCCCGUCUAUCGGAAUGCUUGGCCAGGCUCAUCUUAGAUGGUGAGGGCUCCCAGCCUCACCGGCAGAAACUUCUGCUCUACAAAGCGCAAGCUGAGUUUCUGGACUGCAAUUUCGACAUAGUCAAUUACUAUGCUGAGAAGGAGGAGUUAAUCUUCAAGAUCGCCUGUGAAAUCAAAGGAAUUGAAUGUGAUUAGUUGUUGAAAAAGGAG